ACGUCUUUCGUCGGCACGGUACCAGUCGACUGCAGUCGUUCGUCGUCUUUCGCCCGUUACGGUCACUCGUCACUGGGCAGCGAGUUGAAGCGGGUUUCCCCCCAUUUCGCGGGUGCGUGCGUUGGUACAGCUUCGCGUGUUUCUUGCCACUCGUACGCUAACGGUUUGCAAUUGGUCGCAGCCAAAGAAAGGUGCGAGUGUGUGUCGAGUGUGCGAUAAAAAGUGUUUAGUGAAGAAAGUGAAACAAGCAGCGCUAACGGCGCCAGAAACAGUGCAGCUUGUCUACGGAAGGAAGGCAGCGUGGUAGCAAACAGUGACUACCAAUAAAUACUUCCCAAAAUAAAACACACGUAAAUAACAAAUCAAACAGUAGCAAAAACAAGCUGAAACAAUGGUGAACAAACAAUACAAUGUGCAUAAUCCCAAGCUGCACAAAUCGAAGCUGCCCGGUGGGUCCGGAAGUGGCAGCAGUGGCCACAGCUCCCCAUCCCCGUUGCGCAGUAGCUAUCCGGUCAUUUCCACGCGACCGGCGGGGGCCUCCGACGAGGACGGCUUUUCCGUGGAAAGCGACAGCAACAAUCUGUCCGACCAUCAGUCGGCAUCGAGCGGGGGCGGUGCAAGCGGGUAUGGUGUGGGCCAUCCACGACAGCUGCCGCCACCACCACCACCACCGACCCAUCGGCAUCGAGGCACGCAAAGUACGCAGCCUCAUCAUCAGCAGCAGCAGCAGCCGCAGCAACCGCAGAACAAUUUAAAUAUAAGCCGCCGUUCGGCCUCUGCCGAGCCGGUGCACGGACAGGAGGAGGUGAAUGGUGACGAUGGACUUUACGGUCGUAACAUUCAGUUCUACAGCGAGGGCCGCGGGAUCGGUGAGACCGAUGCGGUGGGUGAAAGUGGACACACCGGGCGGUUCGGUCACGGACAUGGCGGCAAGGAGCUAACGAUCAGCGACAUUGGGCGAUUCCAGUACAUACUGCAGAUGGAUCGAGAAGUGGGUACUCCUUAUAGCGGAUACACAGCAGCCUCCACAGAUUGCGCCAACACGCUACCCUCAUCACCCUCACCCACCUCCCUCGGUAGCAUCCAUAACCGGCAGAGCUUCAACUUCUGGAAGGCCGGCUCACAGACGCCCCUGUCCGCAUCGUCCUCCAGCAGUUCAUUCUUUCGACCAACCCAGCGCUGCCUGCUGUACAAGAUACUCAAAGUGAUCUGGCGCUACAUAAAGUGGCCCCUUGGGUUGCUGAUGAUAUGUGGUUUACUUGGGCUCGUCGUAUACUUCCUGGUUGUUGAUCAUGAUAUUAUGAGCAGCGGACUGCUCGGCGAGGAUGGCUACGAGGUGGACGAGAAUUUAUCAAUUGAUUUUAACGAUUUCACAAGCACAAACGAUCUCCACUUCGAUCAUCGCUUCACCGGAAGUAUUGCAAAGGAAUCUAAGCCCAAGGACGCGCAAGGACCGGGCCGAACGGUGGACACAAAGUUUUCAUUCGGUUUGGACAACGAUCUGCUGGCCGUGUUCGGUACAAAUGGCAAGAAACCAACGUAUGACUGGCCUACGACAGCAUCGACGACCACCGGACUAUCGGGCACGGAGCGUCAGCGUACGGAGAGCGCAAGCGAAGAGUUACCGGCGCUGGUAGUGAAAGUGACAGACGCUCCAAUUCGUAAGACCAGCACGAUCUCGCUCAAGGAUUACACCAAGGCACGAGUGGUGUUCGACGAUGAAGAUUUCCUCGACGCGGACGAUGGUCAAAGUCGUACGCAAUCGGCACCAGCGCAUCCGGAAGGCACGACCAGAGCGUACGAACUGGGCCAUUCUACCGAUUCAGCACUGCCAGCGACUCAGGUGGGGCUCCGGGACAGCCCGGCACGAGGGACGGAGGUGCGGGGAUUCACCUCCGGCCAUCAGAACAAUUUUGGCGUCCCAAUCGAGGAGGACGAGCGCCUGUUGCGCAAGCUGAACGACCAGCUGAUGCAACUGGAGCACCUGAGAGAAAAAAAUGUGACCGUUCCAUCAGCUACCACAGACUCGAGCCUGUACAGGACGAAGGUAUCUCCAACGUUACCAAUUUUAUCCCGCUUUGAGAUCACUACCGAGGGGUUGAAGCGGUUCAACAUAUCCGAAGAAGGAAUUUGUCAAUCUACAUCAUUGCCCCUUUGUCGAGGCGUUCUACCGUAUGACCUUACGGUCUCGAACAAUCGGCAGCUUUCGCCGCUGGAGUAUGAUCAUUUCCAGUAUCUGAUCAAUUCCAAAUGCUCGGUGCGUGUGGCAGAAUUUGUGUGCCUUGUGUUGGAACCGGAAUGUCGUCCAACGCGCAUGGGCACGCUCACGCCGUGCAAACGAAUUUGCAAAUCCAUUCUUGAGCCGUGUGCACAUAUAAUUGCCAGCUCGGAGGCAUUAACAGCGACUUUCGAUUGUGACAGUUACCCGGAUUCGGACGAUCGGAACGUUUGUGAGGAUCCAACACGGCUGGGGCAUUGCUAUGCCAACGAGUUCCGGUGUGCCGAUUCUAGCUGUAUACCGCUACAAUGGAAAUGCGACAACAUCAAAGACUGCCACGGAGGAGAGGAUGAAUCGGAUUGUAAACAAUGUGAGCGGGACGAGUAUCGAUGCAUGUCAAACGACAAAUGCAUUCCAGAUAAGUGGCGCUGCGAUCAGUACGAAGAUUGCCCGGACGCAUCGGAUGAGCUGGACUGCUACUACGACGAACCGACGACAUACCCUACGGCCUACGGCAGCCAGCGGGAGUAUCCAUUUGUGCAAGUACAGGUUCCCAACAGUCCGAACGGUCGGCCUUACAUUACGAUCACCAACGAAGACCGUUCACAGGCAGAGCGACAUCGAACCUCCCAAGAAGCUGGUUCUGCUGGUGCCCGCGAGUACGCCAACUAUGGUACUUCGGAGGAAGAUGAAGCAGGAGACAAGUAUGAGCCAACUGCUGCCGAAAAUGCUCCCUUCGUAAAUCGACACCGAAAUCAAACAGACGCUGGCAAUGGAACAGUGGAACAGACUACCACAGUUCGAUCGAGCGAAAAACCGGUUGAAGAUCAAACCGAGGCCGAAACGAGUCGGACAGUAUCGAUACCGAAAUCUUUAGUGAACUUCCAAGACAGUAAGGAAAUUAUGAUGACGUCUGACUCGGAGAAUGAUUUCAAGAUCAGCAGUACCAGUAGAGAUUUUUUAACGACCGCCCAUGUGUCUCCUUGUCCAGAGGGUGAGUUGCGCUGCGUUAGUGGAAUCUGUAUAUCCAUCAGUCAACUAUGUGAUCGGGUCACUGAUUGUGCCGAUGGAGCUGACGAGACGGGAUGCAACUACAAAGAAUAGGAAACAAAAGGAAUAAGCUGGCAAACAAACAAAGGUGGAAAAAAUAGGGGCACCGAUCGCUAGGGAUUGGUUAUUGGUUUCUUUUAACGACUCAUUGAUAUCAUCGUGCAUACACGGUUUUUUGAAUUUUUAUAUUGUUGAUUCGUAUUAAAAGAUCCUACAGUAGCACCAAUCGAAUCUCAAGAUCGCAAAUAUUCAUCUUGGAGUUGGUGCAUCUUGCACCGAUGAUUAGAAGAGUUUAGUUAAACCAUCAGUAAAAAGGUAUUAAUAUUCAUUUUUUGGAGUAAACUCUUGUUCAUAUUUCUAUCAUCUUGUGAAAAGGAACAUUAUACCCUGACAUCGUAGUAGAUUGCUAUCCGUGCUUCACCAUUAUAGUGUAGGAUUGUUUUUAUCAUAGCUAAGUAAAAGCGUUUCAUUCAUCGACGAUCGUUGUAAAUCUCAUAAUGCAGCGAAAUAAGAAACGUUACAUUACCACACUCUAUCCGCGCUUUGUACAUAGAGAAGGCACUUCGAAGCUCAUUUCAUUCACCACUAUUAAAUAUCUUUUGUAAAUGUUUUAUCUCUAAACCAAGUGAAUAAAAGAUGUUAAAAAUAA